AUGAAUUUGCAAACAGGUUCACCACCACCACGUUUUUCAAACGCUAUCUUGAAGAGCGCCGUACGUUAUCGAUGGCCUGACGGCUUGAAGCGCUCGAAUUUCAAGCGGCUCCCCAUCACAAGUCAUAGGCGACGGGGUAGAUCGACUGAUUUAAAAGAGGAGUUGGACAGCGGAAAGGAAUAUCGACUUGAUGCGCUCCUCUUGUAG